UUGUCUUCAUUUUGUUGCCGUUUAUCCAGACCUUCAAAUGAAGCAGGCCCAACGACACUGCAUUCCCGACACCAGAUCAUAGUGUUGCAAUACACAUCACGACCGUCUAGUCACACCACCCAUUCUUCGUGCCGGCGAUUCUUUUCUUAACCUGGAUCCGAUUGACUGGGGGAACUUCGCUGCCUUUCCCCUCGCUUGGAUCGUCUAGCCCUUGGCCGCUUCAACCACGAAGGGGUCACGGUUGUCACUGUGUGGCAAUGAGAAAGUCCAGGAUAAAACGGCACUCGGUCUAUCUAACCCCGUCGCCUUCACCCGAACGCGAGCUCCCACCAUCCAGGCCGGUAUCACUCCUCCUGGACUGGGAAGUUGGAUCAACUAUGACCGCUUCGAGGCCGACGAGUGGCAGUUUGCACUCGACUGCCAACCCCUAUCACGUGGAGCCCCCUACCUUGUCUGAAAUCUUAUCCAAUUCGUCUCGUCCGCCAUGGACUCUCGCUGCCUUCAUGGCUUACUUGUCUCAAAACCACUGCUUAGAGACGCUCGAGUUCACCAUGGAUGCCGAUCGUUAUCGCCAAGCCUUCCAUCAGACGAUGAUUGAACAGACUGCGUCAGUUCGCGACGGUGCCGACUAUAUUUGCUCUCUCUGGGAGAAACUUAUGCAGGCAUACAUCAUCCCAUACGCUCCCCGCGAAGUCAAUCUUCCCGCCCGAGUACGAGAUCAUCUUCUCGCUCAUCCGUGUACCUGGUCCCCACCCCACCCUGAUGAGCUCGGCGAGGCUGUUAGCAUUGUGUACGAGUUGAUGAACGACUCGGUGCUGCUCCCCUUCAUCGAGUCGCUUUCCCCGGCGCAAUCUGAGGUCUAUCUGGCCGACGACAGUGCAGAGGUAAGGCAAGGACGUUCGAAAGUUCGACCCCAGACGGAAUCUGGACCGAAGAGGUCAGACGAAUCGAGCCGUUCCCCCAAGUUCCUGCCACAACUGGUCAUCGGCCGCGGCGGGACCAAUAGCCGCACAACCUCGACGUUUGCCGAAUUCGGCGAGCGAGAGGGUCUCACCGACGACAGCGGCAGUGCUUCCUCGCCCGCUGCAGAACCCAUGACGCCGCCCACAACUCCCCCAACCUCGGAAUCGACAUUAUCGCAAUCGCCCGGUAGCUUUCAGAGAGCGCUGUCCGCCCACACCAAUGGUUGGAAGAAGGUCGGUGCAAAGCUCGGGUUCGGCCGCAAGUCGCGCAACUCGAGGCACCGGUCACAUCCAACAUCGUCCGGCCCCGUAGACGGAGACGUUACUAUGAGUGACGCCAGCCUGAGCGGGGUCUCAUAGGAAGUACAGGUCGUGUCAUCAACCACAUCCACAUCACCAGCCGUCUCCGUUACCCGGUUCCCCAUCGAUGACGGCGAUGGCAACAGCCACGUCCCAUCGUGGGAGGAGCCCCACCCAGGCAGACCGCUGUC